AUGGCCUCUGCGGCUGGCGAGGCGCUGCCAGGGCCCUGCCGAGGGGAGGUCGGGCUGCAGUUCUGGGUGGAAUCCUUGCAGCUGGUUCCCGGCUUGCUGGCUCCCGCUGUGCUGCUGGGGGUCGCCUUGGGCGUCGGCGCCGCGCUCCUGCUGUGUUUCUAUGUGAUCGGGCCUCUUCUGCAAAACAAGAAAGAUGAUUCCCAAAGGCUUCUGGAAAGCUUUCACUCGGAUGUACAUGGACAUCUUGAUGAAAAUGUACCCUUACCCAGAAAGAAGAAAACAGAAACUCAAACGUCAGAGGAGGAAAUGGUGCUCGAAGGAAAUGAGUCUUCUUUGAACAGUAACAUCACAGCAUUUGCAUUAAAAGCAAAAGUCGUCUAUCCAAUCAAUCAAAAAUUUAGGCCCCUGGCAGAUGGAUCAUCCAAUCCAUCUUUGCAUGAGAAUCCAAAGCAGGCUGUUCUGCCUAAUCAGAUAAUGGAAAAUUCUACUUCAAGCAGCCUUGGAUCCUUGAGUCACGGAGAUAAGGAGGACUGUAGUUCAUCUACAACCAUACAUUCUGCAACUAGUGACGACAGAUUUCAGGACCGAGCCUUCCUGAAGGUGACCUGUUUCCCUGAAGUUCUGACUUGUGAGAGUUUUGAUGUUAAACUGUGCCUAUAUAGUCUUCUUUUGAAAAAAUUGCUGCUGCUUGAUACUGAACUAAGAAGGGAAAAACAAGUGGUAUUUAUUCAGGUUCUCAGAACAUACCUCUCUGAUUUUUACCUUAAAAAGAGGAUUACUGAAGAUUUAUACCAGCAAAUCAUUUUGAUGCAGGAAACUGAUUUGGAAGAGUUACAGAAACAACUUACUUCCAGACUACUGAGUACUGAGAUGUCGGGCGCUCGUAAUUCAGAGUACCAGACCUUGGAAGACUUAGAAAGGAAAGAGAGGGAAUAUUCUGAACAUAUCCUAGAUAAUAUGGAAGCUUUCUGGAAGCAGGCAGACAAAGCUGAGCAGUUUCUCCUGAACCAAUCAAAUUGCUCAAGUGCCAAAAGAGGAAAGAUAAUGAUGAAUCUGACUGAGAGAAUGAUUGCAGUAGAAGGGUUAUUAAGCCAGUCUCAGGAUUUGCAAACAAUGGACAUUCAGGAAAGAAUAUUUAAUUGGGAGCAAAUGGUGAAAAUGGUUGAUUUUUUGAAGACAAAGAUACAAGAAGAAAGUAAAUGUAGACUAGAUGCUGUAGCUGGCAUAUUGGACCAGUUAACUAUAAAGAGCAACCUCUCUCUUUCGCAGAAAGAAGAGCUUUUAACAGGCCUGCACAAGGCCUUCUGGGAGCAAGUAGCACAUUACAGUAACGAAUGUGUCCAACAAGGUAAAGACCUAAUCGUGAAACGCCUGGCAUGUCGUGCAAGGAAGAUAAGAGAGCUCAAACAAGCUCAGAAGGAUGAACAAGGGGAUCUCCUCAGUAAAACUCAGAAAAUAGGGGAACUCGAUGAGUUUCUGAAGGCCUGCCAUGAAAUGUUAGAGAAGCAGAGACAGACACUGCAUGACCUGGAAGAAGAGGAUGACUGCCAAAGCACUGAGGCCGUUGCAGAGCUCCAUCAGGAACUGUGUUCUGGAACCUCCCACACUUUAGAUGAGUUGGUGCAAGAGUUAUUUCUUCAGACUCUUCCUACCAAGACUGGUCUGUCUUUAAGAGAAUGUGAACUUCUAAAAGAAGAAUGUCAGGAGAAUUUGAUCCUUCAGUUAGAGAAAUGGGACAGCUGUAGACAAAAGCAGUGGAAGCUCUUCCAAGAACAACGGCAAGAAGAAAAACAGCUAUGGACCAAGGAGUAUGCUUUGUCUGCUGUGAUGCAAAAACACCUGUAUGAGAAACAUGAGAAGAUUAUCGAAGGUGUUUUAAGCCGAUUAGGCGGCCUCAGUGAGGAGUCUGCUAAAUACAUAUUACGGAAACACAGGCUCUUGUUGUGUACAGUUCUCAGAAGGUUAGCUGUCCGAAAUGUUGCUAUGGCUACUCUGACUCACAUGAAAAUGUCUCAGAAGAAAAGCUUGCUUCAGGAGCUAAGAGAGCAACAUACUCUUCAAAAGAGUUCCUCACACUGUCAAGAUGAACACCAGUGGCAACUACAGAAAGCAAUGGAAUCUCACAUUCUGGAAGAAGAGGAGAAGCUGGAGGAGGAAACUCAACAAACACGUUUGGAAUUUCAUCAGCAGUUAGUUGCAGAAAUUCAAGAAGCUCUUCAGCUUGUACAGCAACACAUGGAACAAGUGACUGGGCAGGCCUUGCUCCAGCAUGCCCGGCAAGAAGCUGCUAAUCAAAGCUCUGAGGACGGAGAGGACUUCAAGGAGAGACUGAUAGAAGCAGCUGUAGAGAGUGUAUAUGUGACCAGCAAUGGUGUCAAUAGACUGGUGCAAAGCUACUACCAGCAAAUAGAAAAAAUCAUGGACGGGCAUGAAGACAGAAAACUUCAACAACUGAAAUCCCUUCAGGCAGAAAGAACUGAAAGUAACAGACUCAGAAAAAAACAAGAAGAAAAUGAACAAACAUUGAAAGAAAAAAUGAAUCAAAGCACCCUGAACAUGUCAUCGGCAGUCCAUCAAAGGAUGUUGUUACAACAACAACAAUUCUUGGCUCAGUUUGAUGUGCAGCAGCAGGUUCGUCUGGACUCCCUAAAACAGAAGAUAUUGGUAUUGCAUCAUCUAGAAACACAGCUUGAAAAUCAGCUAAAGCAAGCAGAACAGGAUUUCAUCACUGAGCUGGCUGCGUUGGCCCGAGUUCCCCUCACAGUGCGCAAGCAGCCUUUAAAUAGGAGCAUUCAAUCAGGAAAAAGCCAAAAAUCAAAAAGGAAGAACUCCCAUUCCUGGGGAAAAGAGGAUUCUGGUGACUUCAAUGAAAAAUGACCAGAUGCCCCAGGAACAGACUUCUGUAUCAGUCAGAAGCUAAAAUGGAUGCCUACUGAAAAGCAUGUUUAUAAUAACUGAUAAAAAAUCUGUUUCUUAAGAAAGUACAUUGAUCUGAUUGAAAAAAUAUAGUAUCUACAUUCUUUCGUCUUCUGACCAAUAUUCUUGUUAAAGCAUGAACAUACUCACUCUUCCCCAUCGUCCUUUUUAAAUGGCAGGAAGAGCUUCUAAAUUUGGCUCCCUAGUCUGUUUUUUUUUUAAAUUUUCACUUUAAUUUUAGAUAGCAAUAAGAAAUUGUACGUGUCUGUCCAAGCUUGGUAUUCCUUUCACUGUGUUUCUUACACAUGGGGAUAGAUUCACAGCUGGUGUAAUUCAGCCUAGGUCUAUUGAAGUCAGUGGAACUACGAUGAUUUACAACAGACAAAAUCUGGCCACUAGUAUCUAAAUAGCCACUGCCUCUGUUUCCUGGACAAAAGCAGGUGCUGAUUGUUGGCUUCUGGAGGAGCAGAGCUGACAGCUUUUGCUAUCAACAUAAUCACUGUUUGAAACAUCUCCUAGGGUGCUAACUAGACAAGGAGAAAGAGGCUCAAAGCUGAAGUAUGCCAGCUGAUUAUUGGGGGGACAGCUCAAACUGGUUCACUGAUUGCUGGGGCUUGAUGCAUUGAACAGAUCCAUCUGACAGGCACUACAAAUAAUUGCUUUUCAAGAACCCUAUGGAGCCUUUAGGAAGAGUAUUUAUCCCCUGAGUGACCUUGGGCUGGGAUUGCUUUUAGAAGAUGGCUCUUGUCCCUGAUAGCAUGAUUACCAUGCUUUCUCGCACCCCGCUUUCCUUCAGCAAACAGAAGACAUUUGUAACAGGGGGAAGAGCACAGGGCAGAUCAGUGUAUAUUUAUCUUGUAUGUUUUGGCAGGCCUAAGUCAGUUGCAGCCAGAAAGCGAAAGCCUAAUAUUACAAUGAAACAAACUCCCUUCUGUUAUUAAAAUGGAGAAUUUUGGUCUGAAAUUUUAUUUUGUUUUCUAAUCAGAAACAAAUUGCAGAGGCAGCAUGAAACUGAAACUGAUCAAGGGAAGAAUUCAGAGAUGCAGAAGAGGUGCAACAUGUAGUGAAAACAGUUCUCAGAAUUGUCUGUCAGCCUGAAUGUUGAGUCCCAAAGCAUUUUUCUGGACAAACUGAACUACUGCAAAUAUUUACUGAGCAGGAUCAUUGGGGAACAAAUAAGGACCUCAUUAAAAACUAAGAAGCCUUAUUCCACAACUGUGAAGCAGUAUAAACACAACUCCACUACAUGGAGAUACAGCAUGUGGCCAUCUUCCUGAGGCUGAUCAUGAAACUUUCCCACUUGGUUCUGUACAAAAGAACAGGAAGCCAGCUCUGUCCACCAGCUAGAGUUCUGAGAAAGGUUUCCUUUUUGUGAAAAGUGGCUGGAUUUGCAGAAAGUCCCCAGCUUGCUGAAAUCAAGAAAAAAAAAAGGGGGGGGGGGGGGUUGGGGGGACACCGCCUCCAAAAGGAGAGCUUAUUAGAGCGGGGGGAUGGAGGGGAGAAAGAAUAUUCUGACCCUUUGGCCAGCCCGGAUCCAGGAAUUAGAGUUCCAGAUUGGCAUAAAAACUUUGUAUGGUAAUGGGUCUCUCUUAGAAAUCUGUGCUUUUAGGUUGAAUAAAGAUCUGAGUGUAGCCUCAAGCAAAUUCAAGCCCAUCGUGUUGGGCAGUGGUACAAAGGGGGCCUCUUUCUGGCAGGGUGGGGAUGGGAAACGAAGCCUGGAGAGGAUAGAUGAUAGCUCUGAAAGGUCAAACUACAAAGUAAACAAAAAUCAUUUGUAAGUAUUGACUGAUAAUAAGCGGUAUUAGUUAACAAUAGACAGCAUUAAAAAUGAGGAGUAAACAUAGCAAGGCCCUCAUUGCAAAAGUACUGUCCACUGCAGCUCCCACUGAAUUCUUCUGAAAAACCAGGCAAACAGUUUCAAAAGAGAAUGCAGAAGCAGUGCACAUUCAUGACCCCAGCUGAAGUCAGAUACUCAGCACUUCUGAAAAUCAGAUGGAGACAACAAUUGAAAACCUGACAAGUGUUUGAAUAUGAGAUGCUAGAUGAAAACUUAAAUCUAGGGGAAACCUGUGACAAAGUGACUUGUUCCCAUAGAAACUGAAGCGACUGACAAGUGAAGCCCUGUUACUAGAGAGGGCUCUGUUUGAGCAAGAAUAGUACACAGCAUUCAAAGCAACAGGUAUUUAAGCCCAUGAUUACCGAGGUGAGAUGACUGUUCAUUAGGGCAGCAGAGCCCAACCUCUCUCAUUGUAAGAAACAGAGCAGACACUGAUGACAAACGUUUCCUUUUACAUUUCCCCCACCCUUUCCUUAUCCUGGGGUACUGCAUUUAUUUAGCAGAACCUAAGGCUUUUAUAAGCCCUUUCCACCUAGCAUCUCAGGUCAGAUGCAUCUUUCUGAGCCAUUAAA